AUGGAGAUCACCUACUUGGUAAUCUUCGUGGAUAGCUUUGGUGAAAUAAAUGUACUAACUAGACUGGAUUCACAAGAGAACAGGAAGAGAGAAACUGGAGACAAAGUACAGACAUCAUUUUCAAGAAGUUUUGCCAUAAAAGUGAAAAAUGCGAGACCUACGACAGCAAAAGGUGGAGAGGCCCCUGCGGAAGUAGAAACCCAGGGCUUGCAACUUCACAGACAGAAGCGUCUGUGGUUCCUCCGCCGCCCCAGGACCAUCCGGACUCAGUCUACGACACUACGGAAGCUUCACCUUCCUGGUGCGGUGGCAGAGGCGGCAUCGCAGUUGCAUUCCUUCUCCCUCCACCAUGCACAGCCUUCGGUAAGAAGCCACAGACAGCACCAGCUGCCGGGAAGGCGGCAGAGCCGUCUAAAGCGGGCUCGAGCUCGUCGGCCACGGCCGCUGCCGCCUUCUCUUCUCCCCCAGGAAGAAGCGCGGCGGCAGCGGCUCCUCCGCGCUGGCGGGAGCCUAGGGGAGUGGAGUCUGGGGAAGCCCCACCACUCGCGGAUGGGACCGGGCCUAGGAUCUGGAGCUGCUGCUGCUGCUGCAGCGGCCCGAGUACAGCGACGCUUUACGUCCGGUCCACCACCACCCCCAUACACACCCCCUCCCUCCCUCCACCGCCGCCACCCCCCUCCCCGCCCGCUCCGCUCUCCCUCUCUCGAUUGGAGCCGAGACAAAAGCAACGGGAAGCGGUGGGCCGGGACGCUACCGGCGGACCCUGGGCGCGACCGGACCGGCCCCGGGGCAUUCCCCCGCCUUGCGGGGGCCCCGAAUCUGCCGCCCCCGCCGCGCGCCCCGCUGCCAGACUUCCGAAAAUUUACCAAAAACUCACCGCAUGAAUUUUCUUGUCCCGCGGAUCCAAGAUGGCGACGUAUCCACCGCGGAGGCUGCUGGGAGCAAGACCUUUACCCUCUGACCGCCGCCGUGACCCCCGUCGCUCCGGCUUCCCUCCAGGCGGCAGCGGAAGGUGGGAGCGACGACUGCAAAACGGCAGCGAUGGGCUCCCGCAACCUCCGGAGCUUGUGCGCGUACUUCAGGGACCGGCACCACGUCACCGUCACCUCCUGAGUAAGAUGAAAUAAAGAAGAAAAAGAAAGUGUUUGAGAAUAGCUUAACAAUUAAAAGCAACUUAGAAGACAUGAACAUAGCGAAAUGACCCAGUGAGUCCAACAUAGUGCUCUAGGGAUGCUGAAGUGACCAAUCAAUGAUGAGGAAGAUGACAAGUACAUAUCACAUGCUGUCCUCACCUGUGAGACGGUAUCUAAAAUAUCAACAAGAAUACUUCCUGUGGGAAGUAUUUUAAUAGGAGGAUAAAAAGGAGCCUGUGAUUUCAGAAAAUGAUGUUCCUGUAUCCAAGGAAAAUACUCUCCCAGGACAAGCACAGCAGACUUUCCAGGUUCAAGAUGUCGUUCCAGAUUCCAGAUUCAAGAAGCCAUUAUAUUAAUGCAAAUUUAACUUGAUGAAAAAAAUUUCAUGCUGUGUCUAUGAAAUGUGAGUAGAAAUCAUUACAGUGGCCGGGCGCGGUGGCUCACGCCUGUAAUCCCAGCACUUUGGGAAGCCGAGGCUGUUGGAUCACCUGAAGUUGGGAGUUCGCGACCAGCCUGACCAACAUGGAGAAACCCUGUCUCUACUAAAGAUACAAAAUUAGCUGGGCGUGGUGGCACAUGCCUGUAAUCCCAGCUACUUGGGAGGCUGAGACAGGAGAAUCGCUUGAACCCGGAAGGCGGAAGUUGUGGUAAGCCGAGAUUGUGCCAUUGCACUCCAGCCUGGGCAACAAGAGCAAAACUCCAUCUCAAAAAAAAAAAAAAAGAAAGAAAGAAAUCAUUACAGUAACAUUAAUAAAAGUAAGAUGACAAAAUAUCUGAGGCAUGGAUAGCAUAAAAGGCACCAUUACUAAGAGAAGUUACCUAUUGCUGGAACAUGGAAUUGUAAGAAUAGAGAAAGUGGGGAGAUUACCAUCUGAUGAGCAACAUAAGGUUAGAUGAGGGAGGCCUGGGUUUUGUGGAGAAGGGGUAAAUGAUGACUAUAAUGUCUGAAGACUAAGAAAAUCAGAAAGACUGCUCUCAGCAGGCAAGAACGUUUUAUUUGAUACGUAUGACCACAUGUGAAAAGAACAUCUUAUCUGAUUCUGUAUGUGUUACUCUGAUUCUAUGCGUGCCAGUAGUGUUAUAUUUCUGCAUUGGACAUGGGAAAAUUGUAAACAUCAAUGAUCAGAUGUUUUCUAGGACCUUCUGAGGAGUCACAGAAUCCUUCAGAAAGAGAAGACUGGAGUUGGUAACUUAAAGCAAAAAUUAAUGGAAUAUUGAUUGGGUUUGAGAUAUGUGUGAGCCUAAUAAUUCACAAUUGAACAGUGGAGAAUAAUAGUGUAACUACCAUUUAUUGAGUACCUUCACUAUACCAGGUACUGUAUUGGUAUAGUGAGUACAUCUCACUAUACCAGGUACUGUACCUGAUAUAGUGAGAUGAAUUAGAUGCAUUCCAAAGACUGGAAUUUGUAACUUAAUAGGAAGUUCCAAGACGGCAUGUUUAUACAAGAAAAGCCUGGUAAUUUCAACCCAGGGAUGAUGAGAUAGUAUCAUCUACUUUGUGCUUUAUUGCAGAAGUUAAGACAUGAGCUAAACUUGGGUUAUUAGUGGAGAAGUAAUUAUCAAAAUCUUGUCUUCACCUUGCUACCUUUUCAAACACUAAUCACUAGCUGAUAUUACUAUGCUAAACACGUGAAUAGAAUCCCAAAUAUCAUGGAGGUUAUCUUCUAGUAAGGGAAAAAGAUCACAGACAAGUAGAUAAAUAUUAAAGUAAUUUCAGAUAGUAAUAUUGCUGUGAAGAAAACAUGAUGGUGAAAUGGGUGAGGUUAACUUUAAUUAGGGUGGGUAGGGAAGGUUUCCCUGAGGAGGCAAAAUUUGAGCUGAUUGUCAAUAUGAAAUCAGCCAUCUGAAGAUCUGGCAGAAAAUAAUUUCAGAUAAAUAAAGUAAAUAUUUGGGAAAUUUUCUGAUUAUUAAAUUCGGAUGGUCUAUUUUAUAGCCCUGUACUGUUUCAGAAUUGACAAUAUUUCAUUGAAUGAAGAGUUUCAGUUUGUCCUGGGAAGUAUUUCCCCUAACUCUUUUAAUAUUUAAACACUCAGUGGUCCAGUUUGUUUCUAAGAUUCCACUAUCAAUAUACUGGCUAGCCUCUUGUAUGGAGGCCUCUUGUGGUCUUUUCUGCUUCUGUUCCUGCUGCUAAAGGAGAAAGCAUCUCCCUAGCUGUGGUAGAUCGUUUAUAAAGACUGCUGCAAUAAUUCCUCCCAUCUGUAUACAUUUCUCUUUUCUUUUUUUUUUUU